GGUCGCAAGUAUCGCGAUUCCGCCCCACGGAAUUGGCUUAGCUCUGGCACACCUUUUCCUCUUAACGAAUCAUUCCGUCCCCCUCCACCUGUCUCGGAUGCUUUAUGCACUCAUAUCUAUUUUUCUUACAUGGCUGAUCCUGAGGCUAAUUCGGUGCGCGCUCUGGCUGCCAGACAUCAUCUCAGUAUCAAACGCAUCGAUGCCAUUCUACGGUUGAAAGGUUUAGAAGAAUCGUGGAAAAAGCGCUCACACGCCUUGCAGGGUAAACCUAUACAGACAGGUUUUGUACAAGGCAUGGAAAGUAUCCUUGGCGUGCCUCAAACCAAGAUUUUUACCACCCUUGACGAGUCGAAGCCUGUGCCCGUGCAGUACGAUACCAACCAGCAGUCCGGUGGCUUCGACUGGGCGCGACAAAGGUACCAGCGGAUGUUUUGGGAGACUGUGCCUGAGGGCAAGGACCCCAUCAUGCCAGGCAUUUUGGACGCCGCGACAAAAUCAGCCACAGCUACUUUUGAAAACAAGACAAAAACGAAUAUUGUCGAACGUCCUGGACGCCCAGCAAUCAAGUUCAUUGAUGUUGGUAACAUGUUUUUAGAUGUCAAGGAGCAAGAGCGUCGUGCGAAGGAGAGCGAGCGCAGGGCGAAGGUUCGAUCACGAAGAAAAGAG